AUGAAAUUCUUCGAAAGAAUCGAACGCGCGCUACAGAAACACGAUCGGUACGACUGGGCGGCAAAGCUGCAAGAUUUCGAGUUCCAUUUUGUUUCCAAGAAAAGGAAGGACGACCAGCGUAAAUGGCUGCGGAAACAGAACGAAGAACGGAGAAACGGCUUCGCACUCCUCCAACGGGAGAUAUACUUGAAAGAGGAGCUCGCUGUUCUGGAAAAGCUCCAAGAGACCCAGGUUCUUCAACCUCUGACCGAGGAGCGGGAAGAAUCGACCAGGGAAUGGCAAAAGGAACUCAAGACCUUCGAUGAACGGUACUGGCAUCACAAGCGUGCUUUCUACAACGGCCUUCUGUAUAGGCCCAAGGGCCCCUGGAUCCGCUACUGGGAUAUGUCCGAUCACGAGUUUUUCAUUAUUCGGAGAAGAAAAUACUUCGGUGCAAGGCGAAUGGCGGGUGCUACAGAACAGGAAAGAAAAGAAAUAUUUUUUGACGUUUUUGCUAGAUUACACUAA